AUGUUUGUUUUAUUGAAAAAUUUCAUUAAAAAUGUAAUUUUUAGGUUCGCCUUCACCUACAGUAUAACAAAUGAGGAAUUCUAUAGAGUCAAAGGAGGAUAUGCGGAGAGGCACAAUAUUUUUUGUGUUGAUGCGUCGGAAUGCAAUGAUAUCGGAGGCAAAUGCUUGGAUGUUGCUGAUUAUUCUAUUGGAUGGGCUCGAAGAGGAGAUUUUGUUAGAAGUGCAGUUCAGCAAAGUUAGGAAUUUUUAUUUUCUAGGAAGGCUGAUUACGGUCUUAAUUCACUUUAAAACAUCCUGCUUCCAUGUAGCCUCAAAUAGAGGGGCAUUCCCAAGUUCCCC